UUGUAGAUUUUUGAGCUUGGGCCUGAUGGAGGAGACCAUGAAACAGAUGGAGACCUUCUAGCUGAGACUGAUGUUUUGGCCUAUGAUUGUGCAGCCAGAGAGAAGUAUGCCAUGAUGUUUGAUGAACCAGUGCUGCUGCAGUCUGGCUGGUGGUAUGUGGCUUGGGCUCGAGUCUCGGGGCCGAGCAGUGACUGUGGUUCAUAUGGACUGGCAACCAUCACCACCGACGAUGGUGUGGUUUUCCAGUUUAAAAGCUCCAAAAAGUCGAAUAAUGGUACAGAUGUAAACGCUGGUCAGAUUCCUCAGCUGUUAUACAGGCUUCCAUCAAAUGAUGGCAAUGCAGCAAAAGGAAAGCAGCAAACCAGCGAGCCUGUUCACAGCCAGGAUGAUUAACAAGCCAAUCUGGUUAAUCUCAGAGAUAUAGGUUCCAGCACCCCACAUAGUACAAAAAUGAAAAAUAUGUAUACUGUGUGACUAGGGGAGAUCUCAAUCUGCAGGCUUUCAGGGCAACAUCAAGAACAAAAGCCUCACUGUAAAGUGAGCUUGCUCCCGGAGUUAUUAUUUAUUUUUUUAUUACAAACCGUAACUAUGAUUUACUUUAGGUAUUCUGACUCAUUACCACAACAGUGUGGAUUCAAUGCAGUAUAACGUUUAUUCAACUGCUGUAUGAAGAUAAAAGCUCAUUUGUCCACAGAAUUUACAGAGCCCAGUGUGCUUCACAGAAUAUUGAGUUAAUACAACAGGAUCACAUGUCAGCCAUAAAAACCUACAACAGGCACAUGUGAAGAGAUGAAAGAAGGUUUUA